GGAGGGUAUAAGAAGGCUUAAACAUCUCAGAGUCAUUUAGGUAAAACUGCCAGGACUGAACUGCAGCGGAUGAUCGUCUGUGAUGAAUUCUUUUCAGGAAAAUCAGUCUGACUUGGAAGUGAUUUUAGAUUUUCUGGAGGAGUACUACAGACAAAGCACUGCAGAAAAUGCAGAAAACCGAUCUUGCGAUACAGUUGUGCCAGCAUGUGGAGUAGACAUGGCUGUGGAAACCUGCGAUCAGACCUGGACAUACCAUGAUGCAUCUGACAUCAAACCCGCAUUUCAGACCUUCCUAACACAUGACACCCGAGCAGUCUUUGGCCAAAACACAACAGCGACAUUGUCUGAGCGUGGGUCACAGCCAAACUUUGUUUCAGCGAGACAAUCAUCCAAACACACAGCCACAGCGGCAGGCAGGGGCAGAAGGCUGCGGCUCUUUCACUUCCUGUUUGAGAUGCUGCAGGAUCCGAGCAUGGCCCACUGUUUGUCCUGGGUGCCGGCGGCGGCCGGGGUUUUCAGCUUCUCCUCCAGGAACAAGGACCAGGUGGCGUUGCUCUGGGGCCAGAGGAAGGGCAACAAGAGGCCCAUGACCUAUCAGAAGAUGUCCCGGGCUCUGAGGAACUAUGCCCGGUCCGGCCACAUCUUCAAGGUGAAGAAAAAGCUCACCUACCAGUUCAGCCGGGACACCCUGAUAUCGCUGCAGAAGAGCCACAGAGGACAUCUGUAGAUUUUUAUGAAGCCUUUUCUCGUUUCACUUUUUAC